AAAUUUCCACGCUGUAACGAAACGUCACAGCUGUGAGAAUUUUUACAUGCAUGAUAAGAGAAUUUGCAUUAUUAUAUUCCUCUUGGUUAAUUGGUCUUCUCAAGUGGGGGUGUCGCACACGCGCGAGUGCCCCAGGAAUUUUCAUCACGCUGCAAAUUAGAUUACUUUAGUUUAAUUUUUGACUUGGAAGAAGCAGGUGUUUUCUCUGCAGGCGCCAUGGCGUGGUAUCAACACUUUAGCCUGCUUCUUGCCAUUUCAAUGUCAGUCUUCGCGAUCGAAACCCCGAUCCCUGAAAGAUUUCUUCCUCCUCGUAAUUUCAACCCUCAUCCGAUCACUGAUGUUGACCGCUCUUCAAAAGAAGGAACGCUCCACGAAUUGAACAUCCCGGAGCCCGCAGACGUUUACGCACAAUAUACACAGCGUCGACAGCCAGCAUACAAAGAUCAAGAGUUCCGACAAUACGCCUCUGUGGACCAGCAGCUGGCUUACGAGGCCAAUGUGCAGGCGUACGUGUCUGAGGCGGACAGACACCAAGAGUUUGACACGUCCGUCGGCCCUUACGAGUCGCCAACAGCUCACUACAACCACGGUCACGGCCAAACUUACCAACGCGAGCAAUUCGGAGGCUCUUCCGAGAGUCCGGUGCGACACUUCACGCAGGUCACCCAGCACGGCAGCGGACUGUACACAAGCAGAUCCAUUACACAUCGCACUGACCACUUCUCUAAGAAACCGUACUCGUUCGCCUACUCGGUGCUGGAUGACGCGAGUGGCGACGACUUUUCGCACUCUCAGGCACACAACGGGCACGCGACGCAGGGCGAAUAUCGCGUCAAGCUGCCGGAUGGCCGCACCCAGGUGGUCCGCUACACCGCCGACAACGGCGGCUACCACGCCGACGUCGCCUACGAGGAGGAGGAGGAGCAGGUACAACAACAACAGCAGCAGGUGCACCCCCAGCCCCUGGUGGACGCGGCGUACGGACCGUCGGCCGCCUUCGAGCCGUACCACCUGCUGGCGGCGCGACAGGCGACCCACGCGACCCCGUCACCUUUUGCCGCCGCCUAUCCUGUCGUUAAGAACGCAUUUUACGGCGGCGAAUCGGCGGCUGAGGUGAUUCCUGGUCAGCACUUGGCAAAGGCCACCACUUCAGACAUCCAGCCGGCGCAGUUAGCGUUUGAGCAACACCUCGUCUAUAAACGCAGCCACCAGAGGCGCAAGAAAGGCAGGCGAACGCACAGGGCUUGAGACUUCCUUACGGUGACUUUUUUCGCUGAGUAACAUCCAAGACAGCUUUGAACUUUUCAUAAAUCUUUUCUCGAUGUUCUUUAAGACGUGUUUCCUCAACUUUUUUUAAACAUUCUUUACUCAUUUUCUCGUGCAAUUCUGUUGAGCAAACUCAAUUUUGUUGUUAAUGGUUUGACGUAAGCUUUUAUGAUCAGACCGUUGUUAAAGUUUUAACAUAGUUUUAAACAUCUCAUCCACCCUUCCUGUUAUCAUUAAUUUAAUAUUUAGGUUAAUUUUAGCUAACUGAAAAUGAGACAAUAUAUACAAAGUAGGCUGUGAA